AUCUUGUUGUUCGUUUCAAAUCUAUUAAUUUUAUCGACUGUUGUAAUCCGUUGCAAUUCCUGUCAUGAACUCAACUACUAAAAUAAAAGAAUCCUAAUAAGGGAAUUUCUGUUAUUGUAGAAUGAGUCAAGAAUCCGCCCACGGACAAGGCAACAACAAUGAACACGUUAGUGUUCAUACUGAAGCAUAUAGCUUCACCCCUCCUGUCCACAAUGAACCUGUCAAUCAACAAAAUGUUGGGAAUAACCCGAAUGCUGGUGGUCAACCUGACGUUGUGAUUCCAGCGUUUCUGGCUAAUGUGUUACAACAGAUAGCCAACGCGCCAAUGUUUCAACCACCUCCACCACUGCCACCUCGUGUGAUAACCUACAAAACACUAAGGGAUAACGGUGCAAAAUUAUUCCUUGGGGAUCGCAUCGGUGAACCCCAAAUUGCGUGGGACUGGAUCGAGGAGACUGGUCGAGUGUUGGAGGAUCUCAACGGAGACAUGACACUCCCUGAAUACCGCCAGAAGUUUACCAAACUUGCAAAGUUUGCACCAACUUUGGUGAGUACCCCAACCGAUCGCAUUGAGGACUUCAGGAAGAAACUUCGACCUGACCUCAAGUCGCGAGUGUCUGUCCUUACCACUAUGGAUUUCGCGGAGGACUACGAUCUCAUAGCCAGGGCAGGCAGCAAUUUGAGUGCUUGCAUCGAGUAUCUGAAGACAAACAAUGUCAGCUCAAGCACUCACCGUCCCUUCAGCUCUGCCUCAAAAGGAAAAAGGCCCUUCCAAGAAUCUAGUAGUUCGUAUUUCUCCAAAAAGGGGAAAUCUGUACAAACUCAGUUGAUGGCAUCCGUUGACAAAUCCAGAAAGCGAAGGUAUCCUGCUUGCGAACACUGUGGAAGGAAUCACCCUGGAGAAUGCUGGCUUACACAAGGGUUGUGCCUUGGCUGUGGAAAACCAGGACAUUUCCGAAAGGAGUGCCCUACAAACCCUGGAGAACCGUUUCCACCUGCCCCUGUUGUUAGUCAAGCAGCAUCAACACGACCCGCACCAAGUCAAUGCUCAACAGCGGGGUCUAAUCCUGCCAAAAAUCAAAAUCAGCAGCAAGGACGAGCUCGUGCCCGUACCUAUGCAAUGAAGGCUCAAACUGAGGAAAACCCUAACGUCAUUCAGGGGAGUGGGGGAGUUACGAGACUUAAGCACUUCGUCCGUUUCGCCUCUGUUCGCCGUCCGUCUGCCAGGGAGAGCCAGCAGCCACAGCAACCGUCGAGAACCUUCGCCGCUGUCGAUGCUAGGGAUUCCGAGCGACGUCCUCGCCUCGUCCCUCCGUCACGCGCAGCAGGCCGGCGAAACCAGGGAAGAGUUGCAGCGGCGAAUUCACUCCGAUUCAAGUUCAAUUCGUCGUUUUUCGAGGUAGGAACACAGAUUCGGAUGGGCAACCCGGAGGGCAGCGAAGUGGUGGUGUGGGAGUGGGGGAGUUACGAGACGCACUUCGUCCGUUUCGCCUCUGUUCGCCGUCCGUCUGCCAGGGAGAGCCAGCAGCCGCAGCAACCGUCGAGAACCUUCACCGCUGUCGUCGCCGUCGACGCUAGGGAUUCCGACCGACGUCCUCGCCUCGUCCCUCCGUCACGCGCAGCAGGCUGGCGAAACCAGGGAAGAGUUGCAGCGGCGAAUUCACUCCGAUUCAAGUUCAAUUCGUCGUUUUUCGAGGCAAACAUACAAUCAGAUUCUGAGUCAAUAUGGUCAACAGAGCUCGUUCUACAAACUGCCCGGAAAUCUGCCUCUAGAACGGUCGACCGUACCGUACCGGCGGUCGAACGUGGCUACAUUAUGGAGGUCUGGAUGGAUGACGAUCCACCGUGGUCUUCUGUCGCGGACGGCGGUCGACCAUCACGGUGGUGACCGUCAGAAUGGCCGUUGGAACGGUCCACCGUUGGUAGUGGCGAUCGACCGUCCCGAAGACAUUCCGCUGUCCCUUGCAUCGUUUUGAUCCGUUUUGUGAACUUAACACCUUGAUUCUUUUAGAACAAUAAUGUAAACACUUAUGAAUAUAUUCCUAGUGAUUCCUAGGCCAAUAUAUACGAUUUUUACGUAGUAAACGUUUUGAUGGCUA